AUGGACGCGGCGUCGAAGAUGCUCGCCCUGAGCGGGCAGUCGAAGACGCAGACGGUCACCGUCACGGGCGAACACGAGCACGUCAUCAGCGGCUACUCCCUCCUGAAAGGCAUCGGCGACGGCGAGCCGAUCGCGUCCGACCGGUUCACCGUCGGCGGACACGAGUGGGUACUGUUAUUUUACCCCGACGGCAAAAAAGGCACCGACGCGGCGGCGCAGGCGCGCGGCGACGAGGACCCGUACGCCGCGCUCUUCGUCGCGCUCAUCGGCGAAGGCCCGCGGCCGCAGGGGGUCGUGACCUCGAGCAGCGGCCAAAGGGUCGUCCGCGCGUUUCAUCGCUUCACGCUCGUGGAUCAGAAGAGGGUCAACGGCGGCGGCACCGACAUCACGAAGGGUCGCCAACGCGAUCAGGGCGCGGUGAAGAUCUCGUGCGCGAAGCAAGAUCCGAACGCGCGCAACUGCCACGGGUACCGCAAGUUCGUCCGAAGAAGCGUCCUGGAGAAGCCCGAGAACGGGUACCUCGUGGAUGACACGAUCGUGAUCCGGUACGAGAUCGAGCUCGUCGUCACGAGCGGCGGCGCGCUGAACCGGCCGUGCAAGACGAGCGCGCUCAACUCGAUCGACGUGCGUCGGUUUCCGACGCUCGGGGAUCAGAUCUCGACGCUGCUGCACGACGAGCUCGACUCCGCGGACUGCGUGUUCGAGGUGGAGGGCGAGCGGUUCCCCGCGCACUCGCUGGUCAUGUCCGCGCGAAGCGCCGCGUUUCGCGCGAUGCUGCGCACGGGCGCGGAGAUGCGAGAGGGCAGCGAGGGUGUCGUCAAGCUGGGCGACAUUCGCGCGCCGGUGUUUAAGCUGCUCCUGAACUUCAUCUACAGCGACCGGUUCCCGGGGAGCGGGCCGGGGGAGUACCAACACGGAGGAAGGGAUGGGAGUUUGGACGACGAGGACGGAUCCGCGGCGGCGCACCACGCGCUCGACGGCGGCGGGCCGGGGAGCGGCGCGCCCGGUCGAUCGCCCGACGGCGGCGUCAACCAGUUCGCGCGCAUCGUCGGCGGCGCGCACGUCGGCGCGGGCGGGCACGCGAUCGGCGCGCCGGAGGCGCCGGCCAUCGGCACCGCCUCCGCCGCGCGCGCGGCGGCGGCGUCGGCGUUGGCGGCGUCGGCGGCGGCGGCCCGCGGAGGCGCCGACGCCGACGCCGCGGGAGGAGCGACCGGGACCGGGACCGGGACGGGACCCGACCUCGGAGGCGCGGGCGCGGCGUCGUCGUCGUCGUCGUGCCACGAGGUGGACGUCGCGAUGACGCAGCACCUCCUCGUCGCCGCGGAUCGAUUCGACCUGACCCGCCUCCGCGCGAUGUGCGAAUCGCGUCUGUGCGACAUGGUCGACGUCGACACCGCGGCGACGACGCUCGCGCUCGCGGAGCAGAACCACGCGCACGCGUUGAAGCACGCGUGUCUGGAAUUCGUCGCCGGGCACCUCGCGGAGGUGAUGAACACGGACGGGUACAAGCACAUGGAGCGGUCGUGCCCGCAGCUCGCGUCGGAGCUCUUGAGGACGGUCGCGGCGUUGAACGCGCAGCAGGCGGCGGCGGCGAACGUCGCGAGCGUGAACGCCGUCGUCGUCGGCGGCGGCGCGGGGCACCAGGGGCCCGGGCACCAGGCCCAAGGGCUCCAGCACGCGCCUCCGCCGCAUCCGCACCACGGCGCCGGCGGCGGCGGCGGGCAUCACCACCACGCGUCUUACCCGCCGCUCCCGCACCCCGCGGCGCAGCAGCAGCAGCAGCAGCAGCACGCGGGGCACGGGGGCGUCGGCGGGCUCGCCGCGCUGCCGCCGCCCGCGGGUCACGGCGCCGCGCAGGCGCAGGCGGCGGCGCAGCAGGGCGUGCCCCCCUCGCACGACGCGGCGUUUGAUCUGCACGCGGCGGCGGCGGCUGAGGUUGGCGGAGGGCACGGUCCGGGCGCGGAUCAAAUCGCGAGCGCGAUGCCGGUGACGACGCCCAGGACUCUGGGGACCGCCGCCCAGGCCUACGCCGCCGCGUCGCCCGGGUACGCCCCGAAUCUUUCCUGGGAACCGGUCGCGCCGCCGGACGACGCGCUCGACGGCGGCACGUUUACGGACGAGCGCCUCGAGCGCGUCCGCGGCGAGCUGGAGGAGAUGCUCCGCGCGGAUCCGAUCCAGUUGAAACGGUAUGAAGAAGCUCUCAGAGACAUUCGAGCCGCCGCCGCCGCGAAGGCGCGCGCGACGGCCGCGGGGGGCGCGACGAAGAAGACGUCCGGUGGCGCGUCCGCCGCGCCCGAUCAUCUCGUCGCGGAGCUCGCGCGCGUCUGGCGAGACGACGCGUGGAUCGCCGCGCGCGACGCGUGGGUGAAGGCGCUGCCGCCGAAGCGGAAGCUCGACAUCGCGGCGAUGCACUUGGACGCGGAAAAGCUCGCGCUGGUCGUGUGGAGCGCGGAGGGCGACGCGACCAAGGUGCGGGCGAAGGCGCGGAGAGCGCUUCUCGAAGCCGCGGGCGCCGUGCUCGCGAAGUUUAGGGUUUAG